GAUUUGUCCCGCCUAAUCUUUCUAUUGCUCUGUAUCGAUUUGUGCAACAACAUGCAAGGAGAAAUUCGCGUUUGUAACCUUGGUCACGCUGUUUGAGUACGAAAAAGUAUGCUUUCAUUGCCGAAAUAGGGGUUGGAAUCAAAGCCCAUAUUACAUAGCCACAAAGGGAACCGGCCUUUGUAGUCAUAAAUUGUUUUGGCAUUAUGGAAGAUAAAGAUGAAUUGUUAUCCCAGUUUAGGGACGUGACGGGGAUAGGUGCAGAAAGAGCAAAAUUCUACCUUGAAUCAUCUGCUUGGCAGCUUGAGGUGGCUUUAGCUAGCUUUUAUGAAAAUGAUGGUGAACAUAAUCCAAUUGAGGAACAGGAAGAAUCACAACUUGCUGAAGAACACCCAGUAUGGCCAACUGCAGCAGAUCCAAAACCAAAGUCUGGAGGUGUGUCCUCUUCAAGGUUUGGGACUGUGGCUGGACUGAAUAGAAAUGAUGGCAGCUCUGAUGAGGAAGAAGGCCAAGCAUUCUAUGCAGGAGGUUCAGAACAUAGUGGACAACAGGUCAUUGGUCCAGGGAAAAAGAAGAAGGACAUAGUAGCUGAGAUGUUCAAGUCUGUGCAAGAGCAAGGUGCUGAAGUGGUGGAUCCCCGAAACCCCAGCCAAGCUAAAUAUAACAGUUUCAGUGGUACUGGAUAUCGACUGGGGCAGUCUAAUAAUGACAGUGAAGUGAUUGGACCUCCUUCAAGUUCAAGACGUGAGUCUCAUACAGAAGUGACUCUAAAGCUCUGGAAGGAAGGUUUUAGUAUCAAUGAUGGAGCAGUGAGGGAAUAUGCAGAUCCAGCCAAUAGAGAGUUCCUAGAUUCUGUUCGUAGAGGGGAGGUUCCUAUGGAAUUAGUAAGAGAAGCAAGGGGCAGUGAAGUGCAUCUCAACAUGGAAGAUCAUAGGCAUGAAGAGUACGUUCCUCUUAAACCUAAAGUAAAGGCAUUCUCAGGGAAAGGACAUGUGCUUGGAAGCCCAUCUCCUGCUACCAUUGGUAUUACCAUGCCAUUGGAUGAAAAAGACAGAACAGCAAAUGAGGAACAAGCAAAGAAUUCAGUAUCACUGGACAGUUCACAACCUGUUACAACUGUUCAGAUCCGAUUGGCAGAUGGCUCCAGGCUACUUGGACAGUUCAACCAUUCACAUACAAUUGCUGAUGUUCGUAGAUUCAUAACUACAGCCCGACCACAGUAUGAACAUCAAACGUUUAGUCUGCUAACAACUUUUCCAAGUAAAGUAUUAAGUGAUAAUGAUCAGACACUGGAUGAAGCAGGGAUCCUAAAUGCUGCAGUUUUGCAAAGGUUAGCGUAGACUUGCCUAGUAUGUUGGGAUGUUAAUUGCAUAAAUAUAUUCCCAGUAUGAUACAAGAUUGCUUUAUUUUGUGAACUUCCAUUAUGCAAGAAUAUUUGUUUUUCUGUAAUAUAUUUUUCAUAUACAACAUCUGUUAAAAUUAAUCCCAUGUUCCUGUACUCCAGAUAGACGCUGUGAUGCAAAUUUUACUGAUUACUGUUAACAAUAUUAGCAUUUGCAGUAGACAGUAUUGGUACUUCCAAAGUCUUUGUUUUAACUGUAGUUGCCUAUAGACUGGUAGGGAAAUUAUAAUUUAUCACUUUUUCAAACACAGUGAUCAAAACUUCUAAAGGUGAUGCUGAAGGACCAUAAUAAAGAAAAUUACUUUGAAAACCAGAGGCAUUUAGUAGUUAUGGCAGCCAAAUACAUUUAUUAGUUUCAUACAGUUUUGGUUAAUGUGAAAUUAUGAAACUUUUUCCAUAAUGAAGAGCUACCAACAUUUUUGCCUAAAUUUUUUUAUUGAACAUUGUGACCUAAGUCUGGGUGUGAUACUGUGUUAUGUGUAAAAGAAAUUGUAUGGAGUGCAACUGAGAAAUAAAGUAUCUUUAUGGUCAAAAGUA